GGGGGGCCCAUUCAGAGCCCUGGCCACUGCCUGCUCUCUAGGGGGCUAACCAAGACCCGGAGGCUCCGAAGACUCAGUCUUGUCAGCUCGCCUGCAGCUAUGAAAGAACCUGUUGUAAAGGUGUUGGCUGGGGCUUCACAAACCUCUACAGCCCACCCCAAGAGAGAAGGCUCUGGGAUGCCCUGCCCUAGCCCAGCUAAUGCCAACCAGGCUGGGAUCUCCCCGGGUGGCAGAAGAAGCUCUCGAGCGACCUGGAAGUCCCCUGCAAGCCCCCCGGUCCUCACGGCCCGCCCGGUAGCCACCCCGUCCCCACCUCCCUCGUCCCGGUGCUCCUUACGCAGAGCCUCCCAGGCGUCCUUCAGCUGGCCCAGGAGGCCCUCGCAGCCCGAGGGCCUUGCGGCCUCCUCCAAGACCACCCCUCCACCGAAGGAGACCACACCCAGGGGAUUCCGGACGAAGCGGUCGCCCCAGCCACCCGCCAAGCCGGACCGGAUGGAUUUGAGCAAGGAGCAGAAGCAGGCAACCCCCAGCCCCGGACCCAGCUCCCCCAAGCCCAAGGAAGAGGAGGACCGAGAGCAGAAGGCCAGAGGGAGGGCCGUGGGCAGGAAGAAGAGCAGCCUGGUCCCCAGCACAGCCGUGCAGCGGGCUGGUGGCAGCGCGGUGGAACAGCUCAACUCCAAAGCACAGGAGUGCAAGGCCUGGCGGAUCCUAAACCAAGUGAGCGAGGGGCAGAGGAGGAUGGGUAACAUCCUGCCCAAUGCCACCCUGAACCAGUCUGAUGCCUCGAGCACUGGCGCUUUCCACGACCUGAGCUACAGCAUGAAAUCUGACCUGUUCCCGGGUCCCCCGAUGGAGCUGAGGAGCCUGAUGAUGGACUCCUACACCCCGGACGUGUUUGAGCGAGCAGUGAGGGACCUCAGCAACUGGCAUGGAAGGAAGACUGACGAACUGGGACGCUGGCAUCGGAAAAAUGCCCUUGACCGUAACCUCCGGCGGGCAUUGUUUCAGAGGUUUGCGGACAGGCGCAAAGUCAGCAAAUCUGCCUAAUCUUAGUCCCCGAGUUAAGGGACCCGCCCUUAGGGCAGGCUGCAGCAAUAAAGAGGGAGACACCCCAA